AUGGUCGGUUUACUGCAAAAUAUGAUAUUCCCAGAAGUCAAAGGAGAUCCUUUGAUUGACGACAUUAUCCACAAAUGUUGGCAUAACAAGUAUCACAAGGUUGCCGAUUUGGCUGAACGCACCGAGGCUCUCCUUGUCAAGGAAUCCAGUGCUGCAAAAGACACUGGAGCCGGUUGCAAAGAAUUAGCAUCACACCCGCAAGCUGGUGGCUCUCAAGCUUAUCCAUCACAUCCAAUCAAUGUAAGACUCGGUGCUACAUUGAAAAUAGCUCUAGGUGGCUUGAGGUGA